AUGAGAAGAGAAGAAAAAUUGAGUGAGUACACAGCAUUGAAAGCUUCUACAGAGUCCAUAAUGGAUUUCAAUCUUGAAAAGAAUGAUCCUAGAGAUCACUCAAAGGUGACGUCUCAUUUUUUGAGCGAACAGUCGAUUGAUAGCGAAUGCUUGAGUCCUUCUAGUUUCAGUGGAGGGCAUAAUUUCUGCUUUCACAGUGAGUUUGAAUGGAUGAAAAAUCAAGCUAGCACUUCGCAUCACUCCACUGGCUCUUGUGAAUAUCUGGAUUCAAGGGUUAGACCCUCCAGUGCCCUGGGCCAUGAGACCUCCGAAGGAUACUCUCAAUUGCAAAAGGGGAAAAAGGAGAAGAUAGAAAACACUGAUUUGAGUGAUAUGUGUCAAAAUACACCCAAACGGUUUUCAAUGGAGCUUGUUAAUAAAGAGAACAUCUAUAAUAAGAAGAGGGGCUCGUUUGCGGUGGUUGCUAGUUCACCUAUUAGAAGUAACAAGCGCAUUGCAAACAAUGAUAGAGUAUCUUCGCCCACUGUUGAAAAUGUUGGACGUGAGAAUUCAGAAAGCUUGAUCCAUAAAAUCCAGAGCAAUGAAGAUCCAAAGGAGCCUUUUCGCAAAGUGUUCACAAAUCUUUCUUCCAGAGCAUGUGGCCAUACAUCUUCCAGCUAUAGAAAGAUAUCACAUACUGAUAUUGCUUGGAAAGAUGCGGAGGGUCUGUCAGGCAGAAAAACUCAGAUACCACAUGUGACGAAGAAGAAAGGAUUUGUUCGGAGCCUUUUGAGCUCCCCCGGCCUGGCGUUGUCUAGAAUAAAAUACCAUAGUGUUGGAACGCAGAAAACUUCGACGAGCUGCUUGAAGCUUACUUCGGAAUCGAGCCGGGGAAGUGGUCUUGAAUUGGGGCCUGAUAUGUACUUCUUUUGA